CUCACACGCGCACUCACUCACUCACUCACUAACGCUCACACUCACUCACACAUAAGAACAACAUAAAGGCAAAAAGAAGAAAAAAAUUGUCUUCUGAGCCAGUUUGAGUGGUGUGGUCUCAUCGGUAGGGAGCUGACACAUUCUCUUCGGGAAAGAGAUUCAAAGGCCUGGAAAAGGAAUUGUGAAGGACGGCUGUGUUGUACAUUGUACGUAUACCAUGUGAGAACUCUGAACUCACGACCGAUCAGUGACUCCUAGACGCUUAGUCGAAAGUCGUGUCUGAAUUAGGUCUCCGAGAAGUUCUCGAUCAUGUGCUUCUCGUGAAAGGUUUUGUUCUCAUUUUUCUUUUGGUGGAUCAAGGCGGCCCUCUCAGGAUCAGGGAGGGGGGCCCCCAAAAGCUGAAGGGUCUCCUCAUGGUAAUGAGGUCGUUUCUGGCCAUACCCAUGGUAAUCAUACCCAGGGCUCGGGUUGAGGUCCGUUGCUCACUUGAGGGAGAAGGCGAAGGCAAAGAGGAAGGGGUCUUCCUCACGUUUUAUAGUGUCUCCCAUCGGACCCAACCAACUCGAGCCAAACCACCAGCCACCCUUGGACAAAUGAACCCCCGCGAAAAAGCUUUGUCGUGAUGAGGUACCAUCAGCCGACCAAGGUGGGAUGGUCAUGGUAAUGCCGAAGGUCCAUGCUCUUUCUCAUACCACGAAGACGAACCCCUUAAAUACUCAUACCAGCUUCAGACCUCCUUGGGCUGAGCCAGAAGCUUAACAGCCCAGGCCGACAUCGGUUGCGUUGGUUUCACAAAUCCUCGGGCACGGAGCGAACCUCAAAGCACUCCUGAACAAGGAGGAGGGAGGAGGAGGGCCAAGGGUUCGCCUUCAUCCUCGUGAUUAUUCCAAACCCUGGCAGGUUCGCGUGAACCCCUCCAAUCUGAGUUGUUGAGGGUGCCAUCAUGUGUUUUAAACAUUGGGUGUCAUGUCUAACUUCCAUUUGAAAUGAGGUGUUUUUCCCCAACAGACCUUGACUUGGCCUCCAAAUGGACUUGGAACCAACCCACUACUGCCAUUGUUCAAAGUGGGCCAAGACCCCAACAGCAACUACAACUAUUUCCACCAUCGUCGUCACCACUACUACUACUACUACUACUACCAUCACCACUACCACCACUACUACCACCAACAUCAUCUUCAUCGUGCUCAUGUGCGUCACAAACAUCACAAACCACAACAAACAAAACAUCAACAACAACUACAACAACAGCGAGGACGGCGAGGACGACGUCGAGGAAAAGUCAAGUGAGAUUAGAAGUUGAAGAAGAGUGCCGUCUUCGUAACCGUGCCUUGAAGAUCUGGCCUGGUCUUGCCCAUGACUUUCAUACAUCUUUAGCCUUCUUUGUUCUUUGUUUGUGACACCCUAGGGUACGACGCAUGAUGUUUUCAUUCAGCCACAAUGUUAAGGGCGUUGAAUAAUAUCAAGUCCACAAACGAUGACGGUGAUUCUGUUCUUGGGUUGCAGCGUUUGGUACCCGCACGUUAUUAAUGUGCAUCAUUGAGUCUGACAAAUAAGACAAGAGGCAAUUUUCGAGAGAAGACUGAACCAAAAUGUGCGUUUCGCAGCUAGUGCCAAUCCUGGCACGAGUUGCUUUCAACUUGUUUUUGCUCAAUUUCUUCAACCAAAUCACUGUGGAUGGAUUGAAAUGUUACACCGACGUCGAAGGAAAGCAAAUCUCCUCCUGCAAUGAGCUCGAAGGAUUCAGGACCUGUUUCACUAAAUAUAACGACAGCAAGUUCCAUCCAUCCGCAUUUCCAUUUGGUAUUGUCCAACAAUACCAGGAAGCCACUGUGAUUGGACGAGGAUGUUCUACCAAGGACAAAGUGUUCUACCGAGAAUGCGAGACACACUCCUACGGGGAUUCAGUGGAGAAGAUGUGCUUCUGCUCAUUUAUGCUCUGCAACAGUGCCCCCGCUGCCUCGCCCCAGGUCAGAUGUUCAAGCCUCGUCACCCUUCUAGCCCUCACUGCCUUUUGGACAAUAUUCUACAGUCUCCAGGGCCAUGGGGACGAUAUCCUGUGUUCCAGGUCCAAUAAUCGGCCGGAUCCACAAAACACUAGUGGCGGCAGCCUUUGCUCUUUGACUGGCCGAAAUGGCAGCAGAGAGAAAUGGCAGAUGAGGCGAAGGAAGCGACGAAGAAAAGUGAGCGCCAAGCUCAAAUCUGUUGAUCUGUCUCUGGAUCAACUGCUUAUACCCAAUAGUGCUCCAGGUUGUUACUCAUCUUCAAUAGUACGAAUGAGGGAUGGAGUUUCAUGCCAAUGUUCGUUGAAGCUCGUUCUGAGGCUUGUUGAUCAGAAACUAAUGCUGCCACCCGUUCUCAGUGAAAUUCGCUGGCAUAGUAGUACGUGCAAUUGUGAUGUUCUUGGAUCUCCAAUUCAGACACAAGUCGAACCAACGCAGACAUCAGAGGAAUCGCCUGGAAUCGAUGCGUGACUUCCUUGUAUAUUAGGACCGUUCCAAACGCCUUUCCAGUCCAGGUCGAGUCUCGUCCGAAAUGUCAUGUAGAAUUGUGUUGGAACACUUCGUGAGUUGUGCCCACAAGGUUCACCGCCUGCCGUCGCCCAUCACCACCCCAUCAAUCAACGACAACGCAUAAUCAUUCACCUUUUAUUAAACAAUACGACAAAGAUUGGAAAAAACAUCAUCAGCAUUCCUACAAUUAUUGACAUUAUUAUUCUUAACACUAAGACUAGAAAAUAUCUGCCACUUUUAUUCUUCUUUUUUUA